AUGAGGACCCAAUUGGCGAGCGUGCGCCUAUUGACGACGGGCGUCUCGCGAGGCGCGCUGCGAAUUCGACCAGCGUAUGCUUCACGAGCCUACUACUCCUCGGAUCACAAGAAGAGCAUUACCAUCCAAGGCGCUGCCUACGAGACCGAUCCGCAAUGGUUCAACGUCCCAUCUGCCGUGGCGGAUGCCACAUCGCGGCAGCUUCACCUCCAGAAAGAUCACCCCAUAUCGAUCACUCGUCAAAUCAUCGAAUCAUCGUUUCCGAUACCGACGUUUAAGUACCACAGAACAUUAUCGCCCGUGGUCAGCACAUACCAGAAUUUUGACUCGCUCGGCUUUCCCAAAGAUCACGUCGGGCGGGCGAAGAGCGACACAUAUUACAUCAACGAGACGACUUUGCUCAGGACGCACACCAGUGCGCAUCAAGCAGACACGUUCAGGGCCGACGAGAGUGAUGGCUACCUGAUUGCCGCAGAUGUCUAUCGGCGAGACGCUAUUGACGCCUCGCACUACCCAGUAUUUCACCAGAUGGAGGGCGCCAUGUCGUGGGACCGGACAAAGGUGCCGGAUGGGGACGUUGCCAAAGCGGUGUGGAAGGACGUUGAGAAGCUGCCGAAACACAAUAUCAAAGUCGAGGACCCGCAGCCCGCGUGGAACGACAAGACGAACCCAAUCCAGGACAAGCAUCAUUUGGUAGCCGAGGUGGAGGCAAUUGGCUCCCAUCUCAAGCGGUCGUUGGAAGCCAUGGUCGUGGACCUGUUCACGCGGGCCAAGAGCGCGGCUCUCAAGGCGAACCCCGAUUUCGUGGAUGAACCGCUGCAGAUGCGUUGGGUAGAGGCCUACUUCCCCUUCACCAGCCCGUCCUGGGAGCUAGAGGUGUACUACGCGGGCGACUGGCUGGAAGUGCUCGGGUGUGGUGUUGUCAAGCAGGAACUCUAUAUCAACGCUGGCGUGCCACACAAGCUUGGCUGGGCAUUCGGCCUGGGCAUUGAUCGAUUGGCGAUGCUGCUGUUCAAAAUUCCAGACAUUCGACUUUUCUGGUCCCAAGAUCCACGGUUCCUAUCGCAGUUCACGGGCGUAUCUGACUCACCGUCGUCCCUGAGUCGGUUUGUGCCAUUCUCAAAGUACCCGCCGGCCCUGAGGGAUGUGUCUUUCUGGCUGCCCAAGGAUCGCGACUUCCACGAGAAUGACUUUAUGGAGGUGAUACGGUCGAUCGGGGGCGAUGCCGUGGAGGAGGUCAAACUCUUUGACAGCUUCACGCACCCCAAGACCGGGGAGCAGAGUCGAGCGUACAACGUUGUGUACAGGAGCUGGGACCGGACUUUCACCAAAGAAGAGGCGAAUGAGCUCCAUGAGCAGGUCAGAGCGCAAUUGAUUGAAAAGCUUGGCCUGCGGAUGCGGUAG